CUUAGCAGGGAAGUCUGGUACUGGCUCUGUUACAGUUCUGCUGAAACUCACACAUUGGGACUGAUUGUUUCUCUGUUUCAGCUGCGGGCUCGUUUGAUGAUGAGUGUCAUUGCAGUCCAGUCUGUGAAAAUGGUGACAGCCAACAUGUUGCUGAGGGUCUUCUUUGUUUCAGGUGCUCUGGCUGAUUGUCCUCACAAUCCAUCCCUAUUCAUUACUGCACCAAAGAACAUGGAAGCACUGAGUGGAUCUUGUCUGAUAAUCCCAUGUAACUUUAGUACUAAACCAGAUCAGGAAUUCAACAGCGUAAGAACCUUUGGAGUGUGGAUUAAAAAUGACUCCAGAUUUAAGAACAAUAGAAAUAAUGUUAUUUUCAACAGUAGUGGGACAGUUACCACCUAUCCAAUGAGUAUUACUGGAGACCUGAGUCAGAAAAACUGCACCACCUUGUUUUCCGGUUUAAUCACAAGUUACACUGACACAUACUUCUUCAGAAUUGAGAACGGGCCAUUUCUGGGAACAGCUUCUUGUGAUCCUCUUCAAAUAACAGUUCAAGAUUCCCCCCCGAGCCCCAGAAUUGAGAUCUCAGGUGAUCUGAAGGAGAAGGAGUCUGUCACUAUAAGCUGCUCAGCUUCCACUCCCUGUCCACACUCCCCUCCUAAACUCACCUGGAAUCUCCAACAAGACCCUCCCAACAACAUAGAGGAGAACACAGAUCGGACCUUCACAACUAAAAUCCAGAAGACCAUCACUCUGUCAGACACACAUGAUGGAUUCACCAUCAGCUGUUCUGCCACAUAUCCUGUGAAUGAAGGAAGAGAAGUCAAGACAGCAGAGGAGAGAAAGACUCUCAGUGUUUCAUAUAACUCCGAUAGCUCUCUACUGUGGGCUUCAACUGUUGGAGGGAUCAUCAUCAUCAUCAUCAUCAUCUGCCUUGCUAGUCAAAGAGGUGAAGAGAUGGAAAUGCCAGCCAGCAAAACAGAAGAAGACAUCCAUUAUGGAGAGAUCAACUUCUCCAAGCAGAGACCUGAACCGUCCUCGGAGCAGGACAGAGGACAGCAGCAGGACACGCUGUAUGCACAGGUCAAAGUGUCCCAGACAGCAAACAGCCGAACACAGACUGCUGACGGCCCAGAGGAUCUCUACGCUCAAGUGAAGAAAAAAUGA